ACCAAUUGACAAAAUUAUGAAGAAAAAGAAAAUCGGCACUUUCUACAAACUAAUAAAAAAACUAGGAGGAUUCCUUAAAACAGCAAAAGACCGCAGAGACCCCCCCACAUCAGCAGGAGUCUACAGAAUUCCAUACAUUUGUGGAAAAGUAUACAUAGGACAAAAAAAAGAGACGCAUUGGUACACGACUAACAGAACACAAACGAAGUUAUCAUUUAGGACAAACCGAAAAGUGUGCAGUCACCGAACACAUUAUCCGAUGGAGAACACAAUAUCCUUUUCGAAAACACCGACUUGGAGGCUAUAUAAAUACACAAACAUGAAAAGAACUUCAACAGAAUGGAAGAAAAACAACAUUACCUAGAAUCUGGCACACAUCAUUAAAAAGCGCGAAAAUAAAACCGUCUAAUACUAGUACCGCCAAAAAAGAGCGCACAGACGCGCAUAUGAAUACCACACUCGGAGCAAAGGAGGAUUCAGUUUCAGUUGAUACGUCGAGAAAAGUACUUCGUCCACGCCACUGAAGAUGUCUGCCGCAGUUGCAGCUGAAACGUUUGGUAGUAAUAACUAAGAAGACCAAGUCAUAACAGCCCAGAAACAAACAAUUACUAAGUAGGUAAUGUUUGAUAUUUUCAUUAUGGCUUAUAACGAAAUAAUAAGGCUGUCUUAAAGUAGACUUUAUUAAAUAAAUAUACAAUAAAUUACAUAUUAAUACCUUUUAUAAAAAAAUGUUGAGAUGCAUUAUUAAAAAAAAUAACAGGUAUAAAAGGACAGGGAGUAAAUUGGGCAACUUUUAAAUAAAUGAUAGUAAAUAUUAAGAUGGUUAAGUGUUCAAAAAUAAAAAAAAAAAAACCUGUAUAGUUGUAUUCAUAAAAAAAGUGCACACGUGUAUAUUGGAAUGCAAUAACAGCCAGUUUUACACAAACUAAAUAAAAAUUCACAUUCUAAUACCUAUUUCUACGCUCUUUUUCAUUAAUACAACUGUGCCACAGUUACAAUUCUUUUCCAAAUUGUACUAGUUCUACUUUUUAAAAACAGUAUUAAUGUUAGAAACAAGAAAAAAGUAGCUUAAGUUUAAUUAUUAAGAUGACCGUGAAGUAAUAAAAUUAUUUAGAACCAUAGUAGUUUGAGAAAUACAUAUCUUUUAGUAGUACUGAUCAGUGGCGGCUAGUGGGCACUAGUGGCAGUGGGGCACACACUGGAAAGAAAUCCCGGGAUUCGUUUUUCCCUUAGGUAAACAAGUUCUCCGCUUAAUGAAAAUUAAAUAUAUUUCAAAACAAUCAGUUGGGGCAAUAACGAUUUCUGAAUGUGACUAUUUAAUCAAAAAAUCAUUACAUAUCCACUCUUGCGAAAUUUGCGUAAUUUCUCAGAAGAAUGCAAUUUACUUAAAAAUUCUAACUUGUUAACGCAUUUUAAAGCAUACGACUCUGAAGAAAAGAUGUUUAGCAAUUUAAAAUCUCCCAGCGAAAAAUUUCUCUUUUAUAUUUUCAAAUAAGAAAAUAUUUAUAUCUCUAUUUGAUAGUUUGUCAACUAAGCCUGGAAUUUCCAACGCAUACCUUUUUGAGAUGAGCAAAAUAGAAUUUGGUCAUCCUUGCCAACAAUUUGCGAAAAUGUACACCGUUAAAUUAUUUAUCCUAUUAUUUAUUUUAUACUCUUAAAUAUGCAAACAGAGAUUUGAAAUCCUCGAAAAAGUCAGACAAAACCAAAAGAAAAAUUAAAAUUUUGUCCCAUCUCUAUUUUCAGAUGUACAACAUCUACAAAUGUAUAUCCCGUCAUAAUAAAUUUCACAAAUUCACAAGUUCGGCGAUGUUUUGUAACCUAGGCGGUCGGACUAAACGUUCAACGGUCGCAAGAUCUGCUGAAACUGGAGCCAACGCAAUCGUCCGUACUAUUUCUUCUGCUGGA